CUCCUUCUCAAAAAUUGUUCUGUCUCAGUUUAGUUGUUUACACUUUACAGACCCUCUCACCUCACCCACACUACUCUGCCGAACCUGUGGCCACCGCCGAUCAUCCGGGUUGCACUGCAGCCAGCCUCCGACCUCGCAACUCAGACAACCUCCACCCUUUCCCAUGCUUCACGCUCAGAGGUUACAGAGCCUUAACUCGCUCACACUGCUCUACUUCCUACCUGUGGCCGCCAUCAACCUCCGGUCUCAGACCUUCCACCCUCGCAAACCUCUGACCUCACACCUCAGGCGACCUCCACCCCCCGUCGUUCGCGCUCACAGGUCACAGAUCUCACCCACUCACACUACUCUGCCUUUUGUGUGUGGUCGCCUCCUUCGGUCUCGGACCUCGCAACCCCGCCAGCCUCCGACCCUUGUCACUUUGUGUCUUUGUGCAUCUUUUGCCAAGUCUCAAUUUUUUAUGUUGAAAACUCCUGUUUCACUCGACAUGCUUGCCGCAUAUUUAAUGGAUCGGGAAAACCCAUUGAUAAUGGUCCACUCAUAUUACCAGAGCCUUACUUGGACAUAUCAGGAAGUUCCAUCAAUCCUAGUGAGAGAACCUAUCUAGACGAGAUGUUACAAAUCAGAAUUUCUACAAUUGAUGUCAUGAGUUCUAUUGCUAGAGGUCAAAAGAUCACUCUAUUCUCAACUGCUGGUCUUCCCCAUAAUGAAAUUGCUGCACAGAUAUGUCAUAAGGCUGGUUUAGUCAAGCGAUUAGAGAAAUUUGAUAAUCUGCACAUAACUUUUUCAAAUAAUUUUAUCCUUCGAUAAUGAAGGAGAUGUUGAAGCAUUUAGAGAAGGUCUAGAUAUGCCAGAUAAUUAUACUAUUUGGAACAAAGCUGC